AGAGUUGGAAGUUCCGAUUAGUACCACACAGAGAACAACCAGGGUUUAUAGAAGUUCGAUUCCUCACACUCUCACUCAAACUUCCAGUAUUACCAUAACCAAUUCCAAAAUCCCCUCCCAAUAACUACGAAACCAAUUUCAAAUCCCAACGCGUUUUAGGGUUUAUCUUCCCCGCCUCCAAAUCCCUCCGAAUCCAUAACACCGAUUUCAACACUCUCAUCCGGAGAAGGAUUUGCUGAAGUUAAAAUCUGUGCAAACUAGUUUUGAUGCAGGACACCUAGAGUUUUGGAGGUCUUCAUUGAGUUGAGCCAUCUGCAAUGUAUGGCCAACCUAAUUAUGGUCCGCCGUUUGCGCAGGGUCAGACACCAAUGCCACCUGCAAACCAGCAGCGUCCGCCGCCCCUGCCACCACCACCGCCUCCCUUUACAGCACCACACAAUGUAGUUACAUCUGCAGCCCCACCGCAGCCAGGUCCUUAUUUAUACCAGCACGGUUUUGUUCCUGCUGCUCACCAAAGCCCGCCUGUUUUGUUCAGUGGGAUGAUGACUACAGGUCCAUCGUAUGGUGGAAACACAUGGCAUAACGCGCAGCGUCCUCCAACUACAGGAAACCAGAAUUUCCAACGGACUCAUCCACCGGCACUUGUGACUCCUCAUGCUGCUCCUUACCCAAACAUGUCACAGGCUGCAGUACCACAUGGAGCAUUACCGCCUCCUCCCCCUCAAGCGGCAUCUGCUCAGUCACCUGCUCCACCGUUGCCCACCGCUCCUUCACCUUCAACUUCAUUGCAAAACCUUGAUCCUGAUCAUGGGUCUAAUAAACUUCGCUUGGGUGAAAUGAGGGGCAUGAAUAACCAAGUCACAGCCAGUAACAAUUUCGAACAUUUCACAUCUGUGCAUGAGCACUCUCAAAAUGUUCAAGGUGGAAGUGAAUGUGAAAAAGCAGGUUCUCUUGCUAGAGAUGGAGUAUCAUCAAAUGGAAGUGUGAUGUUAAACAUUUCUUCACCUCCACCUAAGCCAUCAGAUGACAUAGUUCAUAAGAUUGAUUCUAUCUGCCAACUUAGUGCUAUGAAUGAAGGGAAAAUUGAAUCACCAUCAAAGUCUUCGCAGAUUGACUCUUCAUCUCAACCUGACCAGUUUAUGGUUUCUUCAGGUUAUAGCUUGCCUGCUGAUUCUGACAUGGAGAUGGAAGAUGAUAUUACCUUGUCUGACGGAACUCAGGAAGUUCAUAAUUCAUCUGACGCUCUGAACCGCACGUCUGAUAUCAAUCAUGGGGAGCUUGAUGUCAAAAAGCACCUACAUGGAGCACAGAGUUCACCAGAAUGGACUGAUCCCCAGGGUGUCUCAUUUGAAAAGGUGCCGUCCUCUUUGUCCGAAUGCCAAUUAAUAAUUCAAGGGGCACCAUCCAGAGUUGAUAUUUGUUCAACUGGAGCUUCUGAAUCCCCUCUGGCAAGUCAACAAGAGAAAUCUUCGAUUCCCAAAGCUGAUGAUCAGAAUAAACUUGAUGCUUCUGCAGCGGCUGAGGCAACAACUUCAGAUGGGUUUUCUAACCAUAUUACAGUUAACAGUCCAUUUAGACUUCUACAAGACUAUGCCUCUGAAAACAGUUCAGAAGAUGGUGAUGUUGGUAUACCUCCAUCAUCAGUUACAACUAACGUUAAAAGUAGUGCUAAAGAUGCUGGGUCUCAGUUUGAGAUAGGAUCUAAGAACCCAUGCAUGACUGAUAAAAUGUCUGGGCGGCAAUAUGAAUCCAGAAGGUCUAAAUUCUCCUUGGAUACAAAAAAAGAUGUUAGGAGUACUGAUACAACAUUAAUCAUUGAGAGUCAUGAGGCUUUCCAGGGAAAAGAUGCAUUGAAUGGAUCUCCUAUUGAUAUCGCUUUCAAAAGGGACAAGUCUCAAGAAGGGAAAAAGACCAAGUCUGAAUGUCUGCCAAAGGUGGAUGAGUAUGGAAGAUUGGUCAGAGAAGGUUCCAGUGACAGUAACUCUGAUGGUUCACAUUAUAAUAAGAGGCGUAAAAGAGGCAGAAGCCGCAGUCGUAGUCGUAGUCGCAGCCGUAAACGGAGCCGCAGCCGCAGUCGGUCUCCUCUUGACAGUAGGAGGAGGAGGAGUCCUCCGAGGAGGAGAGAGAAGCGAAACCGUUCGCCCAGUUGGUCUUCUAGGAAUCAAAGAGGCAGGAGCAGGUCUCCCACAUUUAGGCGUGCAGGUGAGUUCAGAGAUGAAAAUAAGAGACAGGACAGACGCCACAUUCCAGAAUGCUUCGACUUCCUUCGAGGCAAAUGCUCCCGUGGAGGAUCCUGUCGGUAUAUGCACAGUGAGCAUGACCGAAAUGAUGGUUCAUGGCGCCAUAGGAACCAGCAAAAGCAUCUAGAAGUUCAGUCUAGUGUGAAGAAAUCUAGGAUUAAUGAAGAGAUUGAAGAUAGCUCUGACAUGAGACUGCAUGGUGAAGCCAAAGGUCAGGAGAUGCAAAUCUAUCCUGAUAUGAUCACAAAAGAUGGUCAGUUUAAUGAUACUGAUAAAACUGAUUACAAGAGUUCUAAAAUGACAGCUGCUACAGUGCAAGUGAAACAAACUCUUCUUGGGAAGUCGGAGGAACACAGCGCUCACAAUCCUGAAUCUCACCACCCAUCCGCUGAAAUGUUGAGCAGUGUUGAUAAUAUGAAGUCACGGCGUGAUACUUCUCAGGCAAUUGAACAAUCUCGAAGCAUUAAUUUUGCGGGAGAGGUUCAAAAGGCUUAUUAUCCAUCUCAGCAGAUGGAAGCUUCUCUUGUAUCUGAUUCACCACCUGAUCGACCAUCCAAGACUUCUCCAUAUAAGGUUUCUAGUAUUGAGCCGGCAGCAGAUGCAAUCUUAUCAAUUCAAUCAUGUCCCACCGAAAGUUCUAAUGCUCAACCACUUUCAUCAGGACAGUUUUCAUCACAGUUUUUGGCUCCUAAAGAGUCACCUCUGCCCGGUUUUUCUGCUGCAAAUAGUCCAUAUCCUUCAAAGUUGCCUCCUCCUCCUCCUCCUUCACUAUCACAAGGUACCAGUGUUGCUCAUGUGCCACAGUUGCAUAGGGACUACAGCCAGAGGCCACCCUAUCCAGUUCAGUCCAUUCCUACAGGAACUAUGCAUGCACAUGCUUAUCAAGGUCCCUUAUCCAACCAACCUUCCCAAUUCCCUGUAUCACAAGAAUCAACUUGGCCAUCCUUGCCACCGCCACCUCCACGACCACCAUAUGAUUCAUCUUUAAAUCCAGGAACUGCUGCACAAGAUGCUUCUUCACACUUUCAGCAGAAUCACUUGGCUCCAAGGAGUGACUUCGGUUCUCAGAGUUCUAUGAGGCCUUACGGCUCUUACCCAACUGAAUCCCCUCAUUCUAAGGGUGAGUUUCUGCAUCAGAUGUAUCCUACGUUGUCAGAGCUUCCUCAUCCUCCACCAAACAGGGAAGAUUUCGGAUCAGGCAAUCCGUCAAAUCAACAUUUUGGGGGCCCUGAUCAUAUGAGAGAAGAUCGCUUUACACAUGCUCCUGUGCAGAAUGUAAAUCCUUCACACUCUUUUGCUCAGGGACACACACACCCUCAACCCCCACCUCCUUCACAGGAAUUAACGAGGAUCAAGAUGAAAAAUUUCUCUGGCGACAAUUUCCCAGUCGGGGAACUUUUCAAUUCAUCAUCACAAAUUCAUCCUCAUUCACAUAACCAACAGCCUAGCUAUGGUGUUGGUGAUAGCAUAUUGGGUGUGCCUGGGAAGACUGGUGCACAAUACCCUGUAGGUGGUAGCAUUUUGGGUUUCCCUGGGAAAGAUGGGCCCAUGUCCCGAUACCCUCCAGAUAUGCCUGACAGAAGUCAGUUUUCUCAAGUUCCUGAUUUUGGGGAAUCUAGAAUUCAAACACAUCAUAAUCCUUACGCAGCUACUUUUGAGCAACCAUUGAGCUUCAAGUUUAGUUCUAACACUCUCAUUCAAGGAAAGAAUGCGCCUGCUGCUAACAUGUUUGAUACACCGGUCCAAGUCCCAGUCGAUGGGCAAGGAGUGGGCAGUGCUGGAUCAAGACAGACAACCUCCUCGCCAAGUUCUGCUGGAGCUGUUAGUCAGCUUUUGCGCAAGUCAGUUAGUGAGCAGUAUGAUCCACUUUUGGACAGCAUUGAGCCAUCGGGAAAUCCGCUCAAUAAACAUGAUCAGAGCCAAAAGCAUACAGCCACCAAUGAUUCAAAUAUGAUGGUGAGGUUCAGUGGUUCUUGUGAGCCAUUAGAUGUGGAAGAGAACAAGAAACAUACAGAGGUUGGCCCUGUUGCAUCGGCUACAUCUCUGGAUAAUGACGGCUAUGGUGAGACAGCAGAUGCAGAAGUGGGUGUCGUCGAGGAUGAGAGUCUUAGUAAUGAUGAUGGUGGAGCAAACAUGGCUGUAGGAGAGAUGGAGAUUGAUCAGGUGAAAUCUGGAGGGAAGAGCAGGAAGAAAAAGGAUUCCAGGUCAACUAGACUUUUCAAGAGUGCUGUUGCAGAUUUUGUAAAGGACCUUCUGAAGCCAUCAUGGCGGCAGGGUAAUAUGAGCAAAGAAGCCUUUAAGACCAUUGUUAAAAAGACUGUUGAUAAGGUAUCUGGAGCCAUGAAGAGUCACCAGAUACCGAAGUCCGAGGCAAAGAUAAAUCACUACAUUGACUCAUCUCAGCGGAAACUAACAAAGCUUGUGAUGGGUUAUGUUGAUAAGUAUGUCAAGGUGUAGACCUCAGCUAUGAUUUGAUCACCCAGCAUGCAAUGGCAGAAAUUUUGACGAGGCGUUACACAGUUUUUUCGAGUUGGAACUCCUCCGUAGGCAUCGAGAGCUCGCAGAUAAAUAGGGAAUAUGAACGAACUCUUGCUUGUCAUAGAUCUCGGGUUUCUUGUAAAGUUAACCCUGGAGGGAUGUCAUUUUCGGAGUGACGAGUUAAAUGACUUCCAACCUUGCUUAAGGUACUGUGGCAGCUGCUGAAGAUGAAUGUUAAUGUCUCUUCGAAUAUCAUUAUUGUAUAUUUCCGAUUUAGUAAAAGAUACACGUUCAUAAAAUGGACACUGUUUAUUGAUAUUACAGAUAAAUUUCGAAUUGAACCUCUUUCUUCUUUCAC